GAGCGUAACGUAGGAAAAAAAGGUUCAGUACUAUCGCCGCGUCAGAUGAUUAGCUAAUAGUAAAAACACUGUCAAACAACUGAUAGUUCGUUUCUCUUUUCAGCAUUACGAAACGUUGUAAGUUCUCAAUAAUGUAUAUUGAUCCGUUAUUUACACUUUGAAGCCUCUCUCUCAUUGCUGAAAUGCUGAAAAUGAAACUACCGAUGAAAACGGGCGAGGAAGGAGGCGACGAAACGGCCGAAGACGAUUCAUUGGAUCAGUCGGAGCACCAACAUAUUCCCAGGGCGGCAUCUCCCUCCUCGGUCUCCGACAGGCUGGAGGAGUCGCCCAGAUCUCAUGUGAAUCCAUCCCAGUUGGACAAGGAGACUGUUUUUGAGUGGUUCGGCCUACAUCUGAACCCCGCUAAGCGGGUCGAAUUCAUGUGUGGGCUCCUACAUAUGUGCCAACCCCUGGAGCUCCGCUUUUUGGGAUCUUAUUUAGAGGACCUCGCAAGGAAGGAUUACCAUGUUUUACGGGACUUUGAGUUUCGGGCAAAUACUCCGAGCGAUUUAGGCGUUUUAACGGACGUGAUUGACCCAGUGGUUAGGUCUAAACUCCUAGUCUGCCUGUCCCUCCUAGGGUCUGACAGCAGGGAAUGUGCUGGAAUACUCUUUCGGAUACUGAGCCAUGUAGACCCGGCCUUGUUCUACAAAACGUAUGACUUCUCCCAUCUUCCAUUCAGGGGUUCUCGCCUCCACCCGUUCCAUCCACCGUGUCAGGACGGGAAUGUGUUCGGGCGGUCAGAGCAGACCUGCGGCUUCUCCACGAACGAAACAGCGGCAGGACCCCUGGAGCAGUUGGCGCUGCUUUUUACCAUGGCCUCUCUACACCCAGCUUUCCAUUUCCACCAACGGGAGACGGUCCGAGGGCAGCUUGACAAAAUAGAACUUGCUUUAGAAGAGAGACGUCAAAAUCAGCUUAGAAUAAACGCCCAGACAACGGAGCUAACAGGUCAGAAGGCAGAUUAUCUGCCUUCCCCAACGCUUGGUUUGGGAGAGUGUACAGCUUCCCAUCCUCCUUGCCAGAGCCGACGCUCCAGUCGCUGGGUAACACAAAGAGAAGCGGUGCAUAUAGAGGGAAUUGUGCUCAGGGGCAUCUCUCGGACCGGAAUAGAGAGGGAAUACAACUUUGAGGUGAAGUGGUCAGACUCCUCUUCUAGCAGUGUGACUAAAACCCAUCUGGAACUGGAGAACUUCCUUCUUAAGCUUCCUAAGGAUCAGUGUACUGAGUCUUUUGAGAAGAGCAUCCUGAGGCUUCUUAACCAGGGGGGCCAGCAUGAGAGCAGGGAGGUGGAGAAGAACCUCAGGGAAAGGUUCCUGUCAGCUCCUCCAGUCUUCAGACAGACUAGAAAGGUCUGUAGCUUCUUCAAUUGUGACUCCAGUUACUCUGCGAAACCUGCUUCUUGCAGAUGCAACUGCCAGCUUGGAAAGGCCUACCAAGGAGACUGCUCUGAUGCCUCCAGUCAGGAGGAAGAUUUAGAGUCGUAUGUUCAAGGACACAAAAAAAAGCACGGGACCAAGAGUCCAUGUCAAGGUCUCUCUACUGCCAAAGCCUCCCAGGGGGAUAGUCGGAGGGGGGGCCACACUGCAGAGGUCAAUGGUCCAGCAGAGAGGAGGAAGAAGAGCUGUACACUGAGGAGUAAUCAGGACGCUGAACAGCAGAAGCAGCAGGACACUGAGAAAAGAAGCCACCCAGGCACUAAAACCAAGAACAGAGUCCUACCCACAGACAGUGCUAUGUCCCAAUGUCUUCCACGUCCUUUCAGGGAGAACGGGAAGGGGAAAGGGGCUACCUUUGUGACCAAUGGUAGUUUGGUGCCAGCUCUGUCGCCUCAGAGGAAAGGUGGGGGUUCCGGUCCAGAUUCUUUUGGUGAAACAUCAUCAGAAAGCUACAGCUCUCCAUCCAGCCCUCAACACAGAGGACCAGAGAGCCUGGAUAGUGAGGAUGACAACAACAAAUAUACGGACAGCCACUCUGAUGACUCCAGUAAAGGUCCCGGCCCUGAAAUGUUCUUCACACACCAGACCAAUCCAGCUGUUUUGGGGGAGGUCUCCUCUGUCCAUCCUCUGGCUUCCAGCAACCAUCAGUCCCAGAUGGAGCCCCUCUACCCAGAGACCAGCACAGAAUUACCCCCACUCUCCUUCAUGCAUUCUCUGCCCUAUGUGCUCCCCAACGGGCCCACUGACUCUCCGCUUCCACUGGUCCCUCCUCCUAGCCAAAGCAUCAUCCCUGAUGGGAAACCCUCAUCUGGGAAAAUGAUGAUGCAGAUGCCCCUAGUGCCUCCGGUCAUCCCAGGGCCUGGAAUUGUGGGAGACCCAGAGAAGAGGGACAUUCUCCCAACCUUUGGGAUUCCGCCUAACGGCCUCCACCCUCCAGGAAGUCUUGCUGUGCAGCCUUUGCUUCAGAGGUUCAAAACAGGUCUCUCUCACAGCCAGGGUGGUACUGAUGGAGUCUCAGGGAGUUGUUCUACCCCUGCUGUCCCACAGGCUUCACAUCAGGCCCCUGUAAGAGCCAUUAGUGUCAUGACCCCAGGCCCCACAUCCUUCUCCUCUCCUCUUCAGCAGUCUCUGCCCUGCCAAGACCCGGCUAGUGUCAGCUCAGGCCCGGCCUCCUCUCUGCCACAUGUGGAGAGUUCACAUGCCAAGCACCCUGGCUUAACCUUACCGUGUGGCCUGCCUUCUCCUUACACUCUGCCCCCUAUCCCCACAUCUGUCAUGCCUCCUGGAGGAGCACCUGCAGCCACUGGAAUAGCUCCGUCUCCUGGACAUGUACAAGCAGUCGUUCCUCCAGCUGUGCCCACCCACACCCCUGGACCUGCCCCUAGCACCAGCCCAGCACUUACUCACAGCACGGCACACAGUGACUGUACAUCCUACAGCAACAGCAGCCCUUCCAUAGGAAGCGCCCCUGUUGCCCCUGGCAACCCUAUUCAGCAAACCAAGCAGCAACAAGUGGCUCCCCAGCAGCAGCAGCAGCAGCAGCAGCAGCAGCAGCAGCAGCAGCAGCAGCAGCAGCAGCAGCAGCUGCUAGUGGGCUGUGGGACUUGUGGCUGUCAUAACAACUGUGGCACACGAGGCAGCAGCAGCAACAACAGCAGUGUCAGCGGUGCCUCCAGCUGCCAAGCACCAAUAUUCUUCCCUGCCCACCAAAUGGCAGCAGCAGCACGGCAGGUGUUCAGCGUUCCUCCACCUCUCUUCCAGCUAACAAGCCUGUGCAGUAACAGCUACCUCACCCAGGCCCAGCCUCCUCACCAAGCCAACGGUGCCACCCUGCCCCCCUUCUUUACCGCUGCUCCACCUCCCGCACACCCGUCCCCCUACGGCCCUCUCCACACCCACUCUCACAGCCAUGCAGAUGUGCCAUCGCACAUGCUGGGCACCCAGGCUGCAGCAGUGGCAGUUGCCGCAGCUGCAAACUACAACCUCCAGCAGCAGAUGGCGCCAGCAGCAUCGUUCUGUCAGCGUGUUUACCAGCACGUAUACCAUAAUCCUCUGGGGAUGCUGUCUGCUGCGACACUGGGGGGAGCUGGAGUCAAUAAGAAGAACGGCAAUGUAUCCUGUUAUAACUGUGGUGUCAGUGGCCACUACGCUCAGGACUGCAACCAGCCCUCCAUAGACUCCACACAGCAAGGUGGCUUCCGGUUAAAAUACGCAGCCUCUCACAUUUCAGAAGCAUUUGACAAUGUGGACUGAAGAAGAAAGGAUGAAGAGUUCCUCUGGUCUCGUUUCCACGGUGACGGUCCUCUGUUCUUCCCCAGGCUAUGUGUGUGGGCAGUGCACACUUCUGUGUACUUCAGGAAAAAAAAAAAAAAAAUCUCAAAAAGAAAGACUGACCUGCAAAGGGCUCAGUGGACAGAGCCUAAGUACUUGUGCCUGAGGAAGUCUUUUUCCCUCGGAGAUGAUACACUGUCUUGCGUACACCAACUGUCCACAUGACUCCCGGUCCCUUCCCUUUCAGUUUGUUUUUGAUAUUUUUGCACUGAGGGUUGGAAACAUUUAACUUAUUACUUAUUAGGACGUUGACAGAUUUUGGGAAAAUUUUUGUUUUGUUUUUACAUUAAACCGGAGAAUAGUCUUGAUUAAAAAGGUUCUUAAACACUUAUUUCUAAAACAGCGUAUUUAUGCAUUUUCCUCAUUAUUACUGUUCACCUGAGAUUUUACUGUCUGACAGAAUUAUAUAGCGGUUUUCAAAAAUUAAGACGAAUCAAAAAGUAAUUGUAAGCGCAAUGGAUUUUAUGUUUGUUUUCAGUUUUGCUGUAAGUUUUUUGAAUGUACAACUUCUCUUUUAAGGAAUCUGACUGUAUCAAAAUGUAUGGAUCACAUGCAUUUUUGCCAUUUGAUGUAUAUUUGGUUGGAAGGUAAUCGCUGCUUUGUAUUUUUUUUUUUUUUUUUUUUUUUAUUGUUUUCCUUGGUCAAAUGCACUAUAGUGAAACACGCACGUAAGUGCACUAAAACAGUCCACGGCAAACCAAGUUGAUGUAAGGAUUCUUUCAUUUUCUUUAUCAAAAUCAACAUGAAAUUGCAAACUAAUCAGCAAAUACAGCAUUCUGAUGGUUUUAGUAUACUUUAGUAUUACAGGUGUGAAAUAACUUUUUAUGGCUAACAUUUUAGAGUGAGCAAGUUCUCUGUGUAGAAAUACAAUAAGAAGAAAAUCUUUCAACCCUGAUCCAAGUUAAAUGAACUAACAAAAGUCACCUCACUUCUCUAUCAUUCAUCUGCCCGGCAGAAUGCAAUGGUACUUGGUCUCUGUGGUCUGAAGAAAAUCUUUGUUUUUCCCCUGACCCCUUAACCUUUAGUCUAGAGCUGGGGAAAAAUUCCAACUUGUACACAGAAAAUACUAAAAUCUGCUACCCUGAAGAUGAAGCUAGUCUGGUUUGGACACUCAUAAGCUUUGGUCUUACUCAAGACAAGACUUAAGGUUUUUUAACCGCUACUGGGAG